AUGGCAGCAACCGCUUCUGCUGUCCCGCCCCUCUCUCCUCCCGGAAUUGGGGGCCUCGACCGUGCCGACAGCAACAUUUCCAGUCCGCUGACCGAAGUCGACGACAAGGACGACAACGAGGAGGACAUCGAACAUAUGCAGCUUGACAUGGACGACGAUGACCACUCCAAGCCAAGCACCGUGUCCAAGAAGGAGGCGUCCGACUCGGACAGCGUCCUCUCCGACGCCCACUCCGACCUCAACUCGGACGCCAACGACACUGAAGCCGAGACCGAGAGGCUCUUCGAUACCCCGAGACAUCAGCGCCAGCGGGACGUCGUGGUCGGCGAGUUCAAUGAGGACCAGGUGUAUGAGCGCACUCCUAGCAAGCUUCGACGGACUGCAAACCUCGACGAGGAUGCUGAACACGGCGACGACGAGUCCCUCUCCGGCGACGAUGCAUCGAUUGGCUCCCCUAGGGCCGUCGACGAUUCCCCGACGAAGCUUGCGACGACCAAAGACACGAGCGUCGACGAUGAGCACAAGCACGAUUUACAAGAGCGCAAGCGAAAACGCUCACCAGCCGCCGAUCUUUCAGAGCCUGAGCAGCCGCUUAGAAAACGAACUAGCUCAGGACUCGACCACGAUUCGAGCGAUCCAAAACAAAUCGAAGAUACUGUGAUGCACGAAGAUGAGCCGACGCCGGCCAACGACAGUAGUGGCACCCAGACACCUGCUGAAGACGGCGACAGUUCACCCCGCAAGAAGACUAUGGCGCAUGAGGACGACGUGACAGAGCGUACGACCCGGGCGACGAAAAAAAGAGGACGCAGUGGGUCGAAGCGGAAGCCCGCUGUACCAGCCGACGUCGAUCAUGAGACUGAUGGAGGAAGCCAUGAUGGCGCCCGAGAUGGCGGGACAGAUGCAGAACACCACGGCGAGGAGGUGGAUGUAGAAGCAGACGAAGAGGUGGAUGCGGCCACUGCUCAUGACGAAGAGCGUGAGAAAAACCCACCGAGUCCUCCUGGUUUCACACCGUGCUUACUAGAUUCAGUUGAGAGAAAACACGCCGCCUACAAAGAUUGGACACAAAUCGAGGAAAUGUUCGGAGUUUUCAGAGACAGACUUUACAAGGAUAGGCUACAACGGCUGGAAGAAGAAGAGCAAUCGCUCAUGGCGGCUGUGCCAUCACAUCCCGAGUAUCUGAACAUGAAGCAGUGCCUCGAUGACCGACUGGACCAGAAGCUCCGAGAGAUCAACAAAGAACUCGACUAUCGAACCAAAGCCCAUGAGCGAAAAUCUGUAGCUCAACGCGCGCAGAUCUGGGGCCAAUACUUCCAAGGUGUUCGCGAGAAACGAGAAAAAACGCUCGAAGCCCUUAACCAGGAGUGGUACGAUGUCCAGACAGCGAGGCGAAGCGCACACAGCUUGCAGGACUGCGGGUUGCUGUUCCCUAAGGACCCGGCACAGCGGAUUAGGAACGCUGUUGCAUACAACACCGAGGUCUCGACAUUGGCGAGCAUCGCCAAGUACCAAGGGUUCCCAGCCGGUCCUGAGAUGAAGGGCGCAUCUGCAUCGGAACUUGAAGAUGAUUUGGCUGCUAUCGAUCGAGCCAGACGUGGCCGAAAUAAGCAACCGGCACAAUCCCGUGAAGAUUACCACUCACCAUCCUUCGACCGAAUUGGCGCUGCCGGUGAGCAGUUCCUCCGGGAAACACCCUGGGCAAAUCCAAAUCACUUGGCGCAUAAAAUGUACCCUAAUUUGAACACAACAGGGGAGGGGCGAAACGAAAACGCCAAUGGUCGAGGAAUGCAGCAGGGAUUGGUUCCUCCUACGGAUAUCAAGCCACCUUUUACUGGAUCGAAUUCGAAGCAACAGCAUUCUCCCUCGCUCUCGAACCGGCUAUCCGAAUCCCCAGAGUUGACAAGAUCCGUGCUCAACCCUGCUCAUCACCAGAUGAAGCGAGUUGGCGGCCUCCCGGGCAUCAACCGCGGGCCAAAGACGGCGGCGGCUUAA